UCAUUCCCUUGCAACAUAGUUUCCCUCGAAACUCAAUUUCCCUUACACCAAACCCUUAUAAUUAAUUGUUCCCUUUACAUACAUUUCUUUCACUAGUACGAGGACUCCCAUCUACAUAUACAACCAUACCCCCCCCUCCCCACCCCACACCAUGCCUUCAAGAUCAAUAGCCCCCUUUCCCAACAAACUUUUGGACCUCUAUUCCAUCAAAGAAUUGCCUGAAACUCAUGCAUGGGGGCCGGAUGACCACACCCCCGACGACACGUGUGACGAUCUCGAAACGGUACCUUUCAUCGACCUAGCCGACGAGAAUGCCCCUGACCUCAUCGGCCGCGCAUGCAAGACUUGGGGAGUCUUCCAAGUCGUCAAUCACAACGUCUCCAAGAACUUGCUCGAUCAAGUCGAAUUCGCUGGAAAUCACCUCUUCUCUCUCCCAUUGCACCAAAAACUCCGCGCCGCUCGCCCCCCUAACGGCGUCGCCGGAUAUGGGGUCGCCCGUAUCUCCUCCUUCUUCCCUAAACUCAUGUGGUCCGAAGGGUUCACCAUCGAUGACUCCCUUGUCGACUAUGCCCGCCUCCUUUGGCCCGACGACUACCAACAUUUCUGUGAUACUAUCGAGGCUUACAAGAAAGAAAUGAAGGAGCUGGCGGGAAAGCUGAUGUGGCUAAUGUUGGGAUCGCUGGGAAUAACUUCCGACGACAUAAAAUGGGGCGGCGCCGGCGCCGGCGCCGCCGUGCAGAUGAAUUCGUAUCCGGCGUGUCCGGAGCCGGAGAGAGCGAUGGGGCUGGCGGCGCACACGGACUCGACGAUCCUGACGAUUCUCCACCAGAGCAACACCAGCGGGCUGCAGGUCCUUCGGGAGGGGUCGGGGCGGUGGACGACGGUGGCACCGGCGGCGGGGGCGCUAGUGGUGCACGUGGGGGACCUGAUGCACAUCCUGUCGAACGGGGUGUUCCCGAGCGUGGUCCACCGGGCGGUGGUGAACCGGGCCCGCCACCGCCUGUCGGUGGCGUACCUGUACGGACCGCCGGCGCACGUUAAGAUAAGCCCGGCGGCGAAGGUGGUGGACGAGCGGCGGCCGGCGCUGUACAGGGCGAUAAGCUGGAGCGAGUAUCUGGGGACGAAGGCCAAGCAUUUCGACAAAGCGCUGACGGCGCUGCGCCUCUGUGAGUGUGAAUGUGACGAUGGAUUUGUCGAUACCAACCAUCCUCAUAAUACCGUCAAACUUCAGGGAUGAAAUAAUAAUAAUAAUAAUAAUAAUAAUAAUAAUAAUAAUGAUAAUGAUAAUAAUAAUAGUUUAAUGUAAUAAUAAUAUAUGUACUGGCGACUUUGUUUUUUCUUUUGUCCGAAUAAAAAGGGCGGAGUUUGAGAGAGAUAAUGAUCUGAAGACUAAUCGGCCGUGGUGUUGUCGUCGUAUUAGACGCUGUUUAAUUACAUACGGGUGUUUGUUUCUUUGUUUUAAUCCGGUUUGAU